UACACCUUCGACGCGACCUUCGGCCCCGACGACUCCCAGGAGCAGGUCUACGCGCGGACGACGAAGCCGCACCUCGCGAAGCUCGUCGGCGGCGAGCUCCCCGCGCUGACGGUCAUCGCCUACGGGGCCACGGGCGCGGGCAAGACGCACACGAUGAUGGGCGAGGGCUCCCUGCGCACGGGCGCCAAGGGCGCCAAGGGCGGCGACGGCGCCGCGGGCGCGUCGGCGGGCAUCAUCCCGCGCUGCGUCAUCGACCUCUUCGCGCUCGCGCCCGCGGGCGCCCGGGUCCGCGCUUCCUACCUCGAGGUCUACAACGAGCGCGUCUUCGACCUCCUGGGCGGCGGCGACGAGCCCGGGCGGCCGACGACGGCCCUGCGCGUCUGCGAGGACGAGAAGAACGGCGUCGUCAAGGUCCUCGGAUUGACGGAAGAGCCCGUCGCGUCCGCGGAGGCCGUCGUCGGCCUGCUCAAGCGCGGCAACGCGCGGCGGACGACGGAGGCGACGGGCGCCAACGACGUGAGCUCGCGGUCCCACGCCGUGCUCCAGCUCGAGGCCGAGCUCCCGGGCGGCCGCAACCGCCGGCUGAGCCUCAUCGACCUCGCGGGCAGCGAGCGCGCGUCCGCGACGGGCAACCGGGGCGCGCGCCUGCAGGAGGGCGCGCACAUCAACAAGUCGCUCCUCGCCCUGGCGAACUGCAUCAACGCGCUGACGGACCCGUCGGCGCCGAAGCCCAAGUUCCGCGACUCGAAGCUGACGCUCCUCAUCAAGACGGCGCUCGAGAGCAGCGACGUGCGCCUCGUCGUCCUCGCGUGCGUCGGCCCGUCGAUGGCGUCCGUCGACGACACGCUGAACACGCUCAAGUACGCGCACCGCGCCAAGGAGCUCCCGACGCGCGACGUCGUCGAGGAG